GGGAAAAUAAUGAGAGGGUUUGGCUGAUAAGGAAAUGAGGUGGAGAGUGGUCCCUGUCUUAUCAUCACAAGGAAAUCAAAACACUUCAGUUCAGCUCAGCACCAUAGCAUUAGCAAAUAGCAAUUGCAUACACCACCACCACUCUCUACCAUGGCAAAGAUGGUGGUGGCACCACCCCAACAUCAUAACCAACCAUCUUUCUCUCCUUUGGCUUCCUCUCUUUCUGAAUUCUCCUCACCAACUUUUCUAACUCAAAUUCAGUUGAAAAGAAAAGUAUGGCAGCCAAAAGGGUCAUUUUCCGCCACAGCAUCAAGCCCCAAGAAAAUGCUCAUGAUGGGGGGCAAUAGGUUUACUGGUGUAUUUUUGUCUAGGCUCUUUGUCAAAGAGGGUCACCAGGUCACUUUAUGUACAAGAGGAGAAGUUCCUAUCACCCAACAUUUGCCUGAUGAAUCAGACAGUGAUUGUGCUGAUUUUUCUUCCAAGUCUAAAGCUUUUGCAGUUCCAAGGAGGAAAGCAAUGUCCUUGAUCUUGUCAAGUUGUAUUCUCUCAAAGGUUGGUUUGGCAUUUGCUCAACAGCCUCCUGUAUUCCGCGAGUACGUGGACACAUUUGAUGGUUACUCAUUCAAGUACCCUGGAAAUUGGAUCCAAGUCCGAGGUGCUGGGGCUGACAUAUUUUUCAGGGACCCUUAUAUCCUUGAUGAAAAUCUAUCCCUUGAAAUCUCUUCACCUUCAUCUUCCCAAUACAAGAGCGUUGAAGACUUGGGUCCACCCCAAGAAGCAGGAAAGAAAGUGCUCAAGCAGUAUCUGACUGAAUUUAUGUCUACACGACUUGGCGUUAGGCGUGAAGCAAAUGUUCUUUCCACAUCUUCCAGAGUAGCUGAUGAUGGCAAGUUAUACUAUCAAGUUGAGGUAAACAUAAAGUCAUAUGCUAGUAAUAAUGAGCUUGCUGUUAUGCCACAAGACCGGGUGGUACGUCUGGAAUGGGAUCGGAGGUACCUAUCCGUUCUAGGAGUUGAAAACAACCAACUCUAUGAGUUGAGAUUGCAGACACCAGAAAAUGUGUUUCAAGAGGAAGAGAGUGAUCUUCGUCGAGUCAUGGACUCAUUUCGAGUGAACCAGAUUGUUCGUUAGAACUAGAGUGUUGGAUAGUUAUUCCAAUGACCUCUUUCUCUAACGUAUGUUUUGGCUUUCUUGCAUUUUUUUUUGUCCUUUUCUUUUUAAACUAUAGAGUUCAAUUUUUGACUCUCUUCAAUUGUAAUUGCUGUUUCCAGUUUCAUAUUUUUUCAAGUCUGCUUGUUAAAUUAAUGCUGAUAAAGUUUUACAUUGGCCUAUGGAUACUCAACACUAAGCAUGAGAAACAGGCAUCAUUUUACACUGAGCUA